AGCAUGUAGGAUUUGCAGUCGCACUGUACUUUCACUUCUAGACUGCCAGCGUAAACACAAGAGGGCGAUGCUCUUCAACUUUUGGCAUGACAACUUUAGUUUAACCAAAGGAGUUGAUGUGUUGUCGGGUGGACCUCUGAAUGCAGCUGUUGGAGGGACAGUGAUAUUCAAAACAACGAUGACUCCACCAGAAAAACCAUUUCUGGCAGUGGUCUGGAGUGUUAUUAGUAACAAUACUGAAAGAUUUAUCAUAACCUCCACCUCUUCAAACAUCACUGAUCCAGAGUAUGAAGGCAGGAUCACCCUCUACAGAUCUACUGGAUCUCUGGAGCUCAGGGAUCUGACUCUUAAUGACAGUGGAAAGUAUCUAGUUAGCAUUACACCAGAUGGAGGAAACCAGAUAAUAAUGACCAGCGAGCUGAAGAUAUUUGUGCCAGUCUCCAAUAUACAUGUAAAUGUCAGCAGCACAGACUUGGUGGAGUUCAACAGCUCUGUCAGUCUGCGCUGUUUUUCUUCUGGAUCCCCCCUCUCUUUCGUCUGGCUGAACGGCAGCUCUGAGGUUAAACCCAGAGAGAGAGUUCAGCUCAGUAGUGGAUACUCCAAUCUCACUAUAUUCAGUGUGACCCGCUAUGACCAGGGACCAUACAGAUGCAAAGUGUCCUAUGCUGUCAGUGAAGACACCAGUGAUCCAGUAAAUCUUUCCAUCAGCUUUGGCCCAGAAAACAUUCAUUUGAUGCUAUCUCCAACACAAGAAUACUAUGUGGAAGGGUCAAACAUCAGCCUGUCCUGCUCAGCUGCCUCCAGACCCCCUGCUCAGUUUCAGUGGUUUCUGAAUGGAGACAAGCUGUCUGAUACUGGACCAGAGCUCACACUGAUUAACAUUCGGGAGAGUCAGAGUGGGGACUACAGCUGUCAAGCCUUUAACAACAAAACUCUGAGAUAUCAAACAUCUCAGCCUUCAGCUAUAACUGUACUGGUGCCAGUCUCCAAUGUAAAGGUAGAAGUCAGCAGCACAGACUUGGUGGAGUUCAACAGCUCUGUCAGUCUGUUCUGUUCUUCUUCUGGAUCCUCCCUCUCUUUUGUCUGGCUGAACGGCAGCUCUGAGGUUAAACCCAGUGACAGAAUUCAGCUCACUGAUGGAAACUCCAAUCUCACUAUAUUCAGUGUGACCCGCUAUGACCAGGGACCAUACAGCUGCAAAGUGUCCAAUGCUGUCAGUGAAGGCACCAGUGAUCCAGUAAAUCUUUCCAUCAGCUUUGGCCCAGAAAACAUUGAUUUAAUGCUAUCUCCAACACAAGACUACUAUGUGGAAGGGUCAAGCAUCAGCCUGUCCUGCUCAGCAGCCUCCAAACCCCCUGCUCAGUUUCAGUGGUUUCUGAAUGGAGUCAAGCUGUCUGAUACUGGACCAGAGCUCACACUGAUUAACAUUCAGGAGAGUCAGAGUGGGGACUACAGCUGUCAAGCCUUUAACAACAAAACUCUGAGAUAUCAAACAUCUCAGCCUUCAGCUAUAACUGUAUUGGUGCCAGUCUCCAAUGUAAAGGUAGAAGUUAGCAGCACAGACUUGGUGGAGUUCAGCAGCUCUGUCAUUCUGUUCUGCUCUUCUUCUGGAUCCUCCCUCUCUUUCCUCUGGCUGAACGGCAGCUCUGAGGUUACAACCAGUGAGAGAGUUCAGCUCAAUAAUGAACACUCCACUCUCACUAUACCCAGUGUGACCCGCUAUGACCAGGGACCAUACAGCUGCAACGUGUCCAAUGCUGUCAGUGAAGGCACCGGUGAUCCAGUAAAUCUUUCCAUCAGCUUUGGCCCAGAAAACAUUAAUUUGAUGCUAUCUCCAACACAAGAAUACUAUGUGGAAGGGUCAGACAUCAGGCUGUCCUGCUCAGCUGCCUCCAGACCCCCUGCUCAGUUUCAGUGGUUUCUGAAUGGAGUCAAGCUGUCUGAUACUGGACCAGAGCUCACACUGAUUAACAUUCGGGAGAGUCAUAGUGGGAACUACAGCUGUCAAGCCUUUAACAACAAAACUCUGAGAUAUCAAACAUCUCAGCCUUCAGCUAUAACUGUACAGGUGCCAGUCUCCAAUGUAAAGGUAGAAGUCAGCAGCACAGACUUGGUGGAGUUCAGCAACUCUGUCAUUUUGUUCUGCUCUUCCUCUGGAUCCUCCCUCUCUUUCGUCUGGCUGAACGGCAGCUCUGAGGUUAAACCCAGUGAGAGAGUUCCGCUCACUAAUGGACACUCCACUCUCACUAUUUUCAAUGUGACCCGCUAUGACCAGGGACCGUACAGAUGCAAAGUGUCCAAUGCUGUCAGUGAAGGCACCAGUGAUCCAGUAAAUCUUUCCAUCAGCUUUGGCCCAGAAAACAUUAAUUUGACGCUAUCUCCAACACAAGAAUACUAUGUGGAAGGGUCAAGCAUCACCCUGUCCUGCUCAGCUGCCUCCAGACCCCCUGCUCACUUUCAGUGGUUUCUGAAUGGAGACAAGCUGUCUGAUACUGGACCAGAGCUCACACUGAUUAACAUUCGGGAGAGUCAGAGUGGGAACUACAGCUGUCAAGCCUUUAACAACAAAACUCUGACAUAUCAAACAUCUCAGCCUUCAGCUAUAAAUGUAGUGGUGCCAGUCUCCAAUGUAAAGGUAGAAGUCAGCAGCACAGACUUGGUGGAGUUCAGCAGCUCUGUCAUUUUGUUCUGCUGUGCUUCUGGAUCCUCCCUCUCUUUCGUCUGGCUGAACGGCAGCUCUGAGGUUAAACCCAGAGAGAGAGUUCAGCUCAUUAAUGGACACUCCACUCUCACUAUAUUCAGUGUGACCCGCUAUGACCAGGGACCAUACAGCUGCAAAGUGUCCAAUUCUUUCAGUGAAGACACCAGUGAUCCAGUAAAUCUUUCCAUCAGCUUUGGCCCAGAAAACAUUGAUUUAAUGCUAUCUCCAACACAAGAAUACUAUGUGGAAGGGUCAGACAUCAGCCUGUCCUGCUCAGCAGCCUCCAAACCCCCUGCUCAAUUUCAGUGGUUUCUGAAUGGAGACAAGCUGUCUGAUACUGGACCAGAGCUCACACUGACUAACAUUCGGGGGAGUCAGAGUGGGGACUACAGCUGUCAAGCCUUUAACAACAAAACUUUGAGAUAUCAAACAUCUCAGCCUUCAGCUAUAAAUGUAGUGGUGCCAGUCUCCAAUGUAAAGGUAGAAGUUAGCAGCACAGACUUGGUGGAGUUCAACAGCUCUGUCAGUCUGUCCUGUUCUUCUUCUGGAUCCUCCCUCUCUUUCGUCUGGCUGAACGACAGCUCUGAGGUUACAGCCAAUGAAAGAGUUCAGCUCACUGAUGGAAACUCCACUCUCACUAUAUCCAGUGUGACCCGCUAUGACCAGGGAUCAUACAGCUGCAAAGUGUCCAAUGCUAUCAAUGAAGGCACCAGUGAUCCAGUAAAUCUUUCCAUCAGCUUUGGCCCAGAAAACAUUAAUUUAUCUCCAACACAAGAAUACUAUGUGGAAGGGUCAAACAUCAGCCUGUCCUGCUCAGCAGCCUCCAGACCCCCUGCUCAGUUUCAGUGGUUUCUGAAUGGAGUCAAGCUGUCUGAUACUGGACCAGAGCUCACACUGACUAACAUUCGGGGGAGUCAGAGUGGGGACUACAGCUGUCAAGCCUUUAACAACAAAACUCUGAGAUAUCAAACAUCUCAGCCUUCAGCUAUAACUGUACUGGUGCCAGUCUCCAAUGUAAAGGUAGAAGUCAACAACACAGACUUGGUGGAGUUCAACAGCUCUGUCAGUCUGUCCUGCUCUUCUUCUGGAUCCUCCCUCUCUUUCGUCUGGCUGAACGGCAGCUCUGAGGUUAAACCCAGUGAGAGAGUUCAGCUCACUAAUGGACACUCCACUCUCACUAUAUCCAAUGUCAUCCGCUAUGACCAGGGAUCAUACAGCUGCAAAGUGUCCAAUUCUUUCAGUGAAGACACCAGUGAUCCAGUAAAUCUUUCCAUCAGCUUUGGCCCAGAAAACAUUGAUUUAAUGCUAUCUUCAACACAAGAAUACUAUAUGGAAGGGUCAGACAUCAGCCUGUCCUGCUCAGCAGCCUCCAGACCCCCUGCUCACUUUCAGUGGUUUCUGAAUGGAGUCAAGCUGUCUGAUACUGGACCAGAGCUCACACUGAUUAACAUUGAGGGGAGUCAUAGUGGGGACUACAGCUGUCAAGCCUUUAACAACAAAACUCUGAGAUAUCAAACAUCUCAGCCUUCAGCUAUAACUGUAGUGGAGAGAAUUUCUAGUGUUAAUAUCACAUCAAUAGACGAAAUGAUUGAGGGGAACUCUGUCAACCUAACCUGCGAUUGUGCUGGCACUGAGUUUACCAGAGAGUGGAUGAAGGACGGCUCCUCACUGACUCUGGUUGACAACAUGACACUUUACGAUGAGAACAGAGUGUUGUCUUUUCUCUCUCUGGAGAAAACACACAGUGGAGAAUAUUUGUGUAAAAUCAGCAACGCCGUCAGCUUUGAUGAAGCUAAAUACAGCAUGGUUGUUAACUAUGGACCAGAGGAUGUUCAAAUCACAGGACAAAAUUGGAUAAACGUUGGAGAGACCUUAAACUUAACCUGCUCUGCUGCGUCCACACCAUCUGCCAGUUACACCUGGUCACUGAACGGGAUAGAGAUAUUAAAUGAUUCUGCUGUGUUCACUAAAAACAUGACUGAACUUUCUGACAGUGGCAACUACACCUGUCAAGCACUGAAUAAUAAAACUGGGAGAACGUCAUCUGCAGAACAUCAAUUGUCUGUAACAGAGGAAACACCUGCAUGUGGGGCUGAUUGCAUCGCUGGAUCAGUAGUAGCAUGUUGUGCCGCCGUUGGUGGAGCUGUUGGUGGAGGAUUCUACUUUUUUAAAAAACAGAUGGGAGAAAUCUUUAAUGGGAUCACCUCCUUCGGAACAGGAGAUGAAGGCUUGGACAACACAGCAUUCUCUGGAGAUGAGGAUGCAGACAUCAGUUUACCCCAGGACCAGGUUGAUGAGACAGUCCUGCAGGAGCUACAGAAUAACGCAACAGAAUAUGCUCAGAUCCAAAGGAACAGCGAUCCUGCUCCUACAUCCUCCCUUCCUACCUAUGAUGAACACAUACAGCGAAUGCAGAUAGCAAUUUCUCAGUAUAGUGCUGACGGUGCACAAAUCUUUGCUCAGGUCCAAAGGAACCAGAGCACGAUAUGAUGGAUCAUCUAAUGAGGUCAGACUGAAGAUAGAACCUGCACUCUCUGCUCCUUUAUGGAUGAUAAUUUGGACUUGGGUUUACCUUGACAAACCACUUUCGCAGAGGUUAAUGAUCAACCUGUUAUUGCCAUGAUUGUGGUUGUAAAGCACAAUGAUGCCCUUUUAGUUUGGAUACACAUAAUAGCUUUCAUUUUCCUUUUGUAUGGGGACAGUCUGUUUGCUUGAGCAUGUUUGACACCUCUCUGGCAUCAUAUUUGACUCCACACGUAUACUAUGAUAUCUCCAAUGAAAUUCCAGUUUGCAGCUUGUCAGUUUUGGAUACAUUUUUUGUAAAACUUUAUUAUCCCAAAAAGGGAAGGUCCGCAACCACAAUAAUCCAAAACAAAAUCAUAAUACAAUAACAAUCAAUAACAAGGGAUUUCUCUCUGAUCCCACUGAAACAAAAGAAAAAAAUGCUUGAAUCUUAAAGUCUUUCCAGCAGGUAUGAAGAAACUUUUGCCAAGAAAUAUCUCAAUUGUCAGAGAUGACUAGAGUAAUUCCGAUUAUGUUUAUUGUAAUGUCAGUAAAAGUGUGAUUUGAUAAGAUAAUAAGGUGCUUUAUCUUUCAGCACAUCACCCUGAAGGCCUCGAGGCAGCACAGACGUUAUUCAGAUUAGUGAAAUAAUGCAAAUGGAAAGGAGAAGCUAGUUUAUAUCAUCACAUAUACCUAAGUGUAUAAAUUAUAUCUAUUCAAAACCUAAUAUAACUGAAUGUCACACCUGUAGACAAUCUAACUUUCACAAAGACAUUUGUUAAUUACACUAUAUCAUGUAAAGUAUCAUAGUCUAAGGAGUUAGACAUACCUGUAUUGAUUUUUGAGUUUUCCUGAUAGAUUUUUUGACCAAUUCUUUUAACAAGGGUCAGGGAUCAGUGUUGCAUAAUACAUUUAAUUGAAUCAUUGUAGAUACAAAGAUUUAAGAAAUGAGCCCUCUUAUAAAACAAUGAUUUGUUUUAUGUUCAUUACAAAUGAGAUGAAGAGAAUGAAGAUAAAGUCUACCACACAGAGCUUGGCGUUGUGAAUUAUGCCCUGUCAAGAUUUAAUGAGUAACUAAUCGGGAAAGGGGCAUCCAUUUAGUUACUCAUUACUAAAGAUCAAACUCCCUGUGAGUUAUUCACAUGUUUGAUUUCACCUGCAUUAAGAGGAAAUUUGUUUUUGACAAACUUAACUUUUCACAUCUCAGUAUUUCUCUAUUCUGAUGUGGUUACCAGUAUCCUGUGAACACUUAGUGCAGUAUGUUUUCUGUUCAACCUGGUGUGGCAUGUUAUGUUUCAAGCUGCACCAGUGUCAAUGUGUGAUGAAUGUUUCACCAGUUUGCCUUUUCACCAAUGAAAGAAUGCAGUGAAUGUAACUCUCAGGUUGUGGAUAUUGUAUUUGUAAUCAUGUGAUUGCUCAUUUAGGCAAAUAAACUAUUUUUUC